AUGAGUAUUUUCGAGAAGAACUCGUCUUCAGACGAUUCUAUCAGGGAGGACAAUUACAAUAAGAUCGACACGGCUGAACUUGGGAAAAAUUUCAACUUUGACAAAGAAUUCGCCGAAAUUGAAGCACAAGCAGAAGCAGUUAAAGUGAAUGAAACAUUUCUUCAAAAGCUUAAGAAUUGUGAGUUUGAACUCAACUUUGAAAAUAAACAGUUUAUGGUUUACUUUUUAGGUGCUUUUGCAUGUAUGGCAGGUUUACUUUCUGGUAUAGAUCAAUCUGUUAUAUCCGGAGCGAAUGUAUUUUUACCGGAAGCUCUUCAUUUGAAUGCCACUGAGUCUUCAUUGGUCAGUGCUCUUAUGCCAUUAGGUGCCAUGGCUGGAUCCAUUAUGAUGACACCAUUAAAUGAAUAUACUGGUAGAAAGAAGUCUAUCAUCAUCUCUUGUAUUUUCUAUACUAUUGGUGCUGGUUUGUGUGCUGGUGCAGUAAACCACAAGAUUAUGUAUGCUGGAAGAUUCAUUUUGGGUAUUGGUGUUGGUAUUGAAGGUGGUUGUGUCGGUAUUUACGUGGCAGAAUCAGUUCCUGCAAAUGUAAGAGGUCUGAUUGUUUCUCUUUACCAAUUCAACAUUGCUCUCGGUGAAGUUUUAGGUUAUGCAGUUUCUGCAAUUUUCUUUGAAGUACAUGGUGGUUGGAGAUUUAUGUUAGGUUCAUCUUUAGUUUUCUCCACCAUUUUGUUCUGUGGAAUGUUCUUCUUACCAGAAUCACCCCGUUAUUUAGUUCAUAAGAACAAAAUCGGUGAAGCUUAUAACGUCUGGAAACGUUUGAGAGAUAUCAAUGAUGAAAAGAACAAGUUGGAAUUCUUGGAAAUGAGACAUGCCGCUUUCCAAGAACAAGAAGCUAAUCGUACCGAAAAGAAAUAUGAAAUUUGGCUUGAUUUGUUUAUCAAUCCAAGAAAUAGAAGGGCUUUGGUAUAUUCCAUCAUUAUGAUCACUUUGGGUCAAUUGACCGGUGUGAACGCUGUCAUGUAUUAUAUGUCAACUUUAAUGGCAAAGAUUGGUUUUGAUAAGAAAAACUCUGUCUUUAUGUCUUUAGUUGGUGGUGGAUCCUUGUUAAUCGGUACCAUUCCUGCCAUUUUAUGGAUGGAUAGAUUUGGUAGAAGAGUUUGGGGUUUAAAUAUUGUUGGUUUUUUCAUUGGUCUUAUCCUUGUUGGUGUUGGUUACCUUAUCAAUAUCGACACUCAUUUGGCUGCUGCUGAAGGUGUAUAUUUGACUGGUAUCAUUUUGUAUAUGGGGUUCUUUGGUUCAUAUGCCUGUUUGACAUGGGUCUUACCUUCUGAGAGUUUCGAUUUGAGAACAAGAUCAGUUGGUAUGACCAUUUGUUCCACCUUCUUGUACUUGUGGUCUUUCAUUGUCACUUACAAUUUCACUGGAAUGCAAAAUGCUAUGACUUACACUGGUUUAACUUUGGGAUUCUAUGGAGGUAUUGCCUUCAUUGGGUUCUUUUAUCAAAUCUUAUGUAUGCCCGAAACAAAGGAUAAAACUUUAGAAGAAAUUGAUGACAUUUUCUCCAUGAAGACAAAGGAUUUAAUUAAACAAAAUAUCAGAGGAAUGAAACAAUAUUGGGGAAGAUCUUAA